AUGGCACCGUCGGAGGUGUGUCAGGCAGAGACGCCCAUGUAUUCAUUUUGCUUUCUCAUAGCUUGGGACUGUAAAACUGUGCCUGGUAAGCUGAAGCAGAUUGAUGCUGGGAUAGGCCAGGUGUUUGGAGUGAAUGAUGCCAAUGAUAUCUACACGCUGUAUGGCAACACGUGGACACAGUUACCAGGAAAGCUCAAGCAUGUCACAGUAGGUCCUGCUGGAGUCUGGGGGACUGCACCCAAUGACCAGAUCUACAGACUCGUUGGAGGACAGUGGUCACUAGUAAAAGGCAUUUUAAAGCAGAUUGAUGCAGGAGGUGACCAGUUUGUGGCUGGAGUCAAUAGGCAUUACCACAUUUUUUGCCUUGGAAAAAGUGGCACAGUCCCUAUCAAAGGACCAGACAGCCGUGUGCCCUGGGUCCGUGUUCCAGGAGGACUGAAUUACUACAGCUGUGGACCAAUCAGCUGUUGGGGUGUGACCGGAGGAGACCAGAUCUUCAUCAGGAAGAAGGUGACACCUACCUCAUGUGCUGGCCCAGUGAAUUGGGAGCAUGUUGGGGGAUCUCUAUCCAUGAUUGAGGUAUCAGCUGAAGGACAUGUCUAUGGUGUCAACUCUAAUGGAAAUGUCUAUAUCAGAAAUGGAGUUACGGACAGUAACCCAACUGGUACAGGCUGGACUGAAGUUGGCCUGUGUUUCAAGGCCAAACAUGUGUCCUAUGACCUGGGUCACCUGUGGGUCAUUAAGAAAGAUGGUUCCAUUAUGAAGUGUGUGUGA